CUAGAGGGUUCUAAAGAUGACGUCGCAAUGAGUGCGUCAUAAAGUGGGCGGGGCCUGAAUCUGUUUCCGGAAACAACAACAUGGAGGCUGUCGUGAGCGAUGUGGUCGCUCCAGAAGACCUUUUAAAAUUUGAGAAGAAAUACAACAGUGAGCUGGUGAAGGGAGCCGUCUCCAAAGAAACUAAGUUUGAGUAUGCCUGGUGUCUGAUCAGGAGCAAAUACACAGGGGACAUCAAGAAGGGGAUUGUGCUCCUGGAGGAACUUGUUCAGAAAGCGUCAAAGGACGACUCCCGGGACUUCUUGUUCUACCUUGCAGUGGCCAACUACAGACUCAAAGAAUAUGAGAAAGCCCUGAAGUACAUCCGAACUCUUCUAAAGAACGAGCCGGGGAACAAGCAGGCUCAGGAGCUGGAGAAACUCAUCGACAAGGCUUUAAAGAAAGACGGCUUGGUUGGCAUGGCGAUCGUCGGGGGAAUCGGACUUGGCGUGGCUGGUUUGGCGGGCCUCAUCGGCUUGGCUGUGUCAAAGGGAGCUGCUAAAUCUUAACCUGGACAUGGGACGACGCGUCUUCAUUUUGCUGGACUGACACACUGACUCUUCACCUGCAUAAAACAAUUAAAAGUUUGUGGAGAGAGCUUGAAGGAUGUAACAUUUUGGUUUGUAUGUACCGCAACACAAAUUAAAGGGUUUGAUUAACGCCAAUGAAUAACCGUAUUGUAACAGGGUUGAGAUUCACCAUACAUGAUUACUUGGCUGUCUAUUCACACACCAUAGCUUGGCACUUUCUCAUUAUUUGUAAAUAAACUAGGAUAGUCAGGAUGCACUUCAAUUUCAUGUAAUUUCUUACUUAGUUUGCACCUCAGCCUAAACUUCCUAAGUUCACAUUUACAUUUUGUAUAAAUAAUAUCCUUCUAGAAGUGCAGUUGUGGUUCUGUACUGUCUGUUUAAUUAUUUUUAAGAAUUGUUAAGGAAAGUGUUAUGGGUGCAAUGGGAAGUGCUUGUAAUAGCAAAAGCAAUGGUGUGAUUUGUUUGCUGUUGAGGUAGCAAUGACUGCAUUGCUGCUGGUAGAAGACUGUAAGUGAGGAGAUGUUUGCAUUUAUUUUGGACAUGAGGUUUCUUUACAUUUGUUCUGAAUAGUACUUUAAAAUAAGGGACGCAACACACUUGGAAAUUAAUCAUUUUUGCCAUUUAAAACACAUUUACCUGUGCUACAUUUAAUGGGUUGUUUCCAUCUUGUUAAAUAAAAUGAUUUUGAACUGAGA